AUGAGCCUCCUGCAAAGGCUCCACACCGAUAUUCGAGCGCAGGACGACAUUGAACGAGACUUGUCUCGAAAGGCUGAUAAGGAGCUCGCGGAGCAAGCUGAUGAACGUGAUAAGAAGAUGUUGGAACGGACUUUGAAAGAGAAAGAAAAACUAGAGACUCAGAUCCUCAAGUUCCACCAACGCCUCUCCCAGCCGAUCGGAACUUCGGCCAGAGUCCGCACGCAAAACGAAAUCGGUAGGCUGGAAGAACGCCUGUCGUCGAUUGAAACAGACCUCCGAGAUAUCCAGGAACGCCUCGACCAGAGACAGCAAGGCCAAGAUGAUGAAGAAAUUAGUCGAUCCGGUCGCUUGCCUAAUGAGUCACGCAGAGACUACCUCAUCCGGACCGGGAAAAUCACACCAUUCUCCAACAUGGGUGCUGGCCCUAACGAGGGACCCUUUGCCAACCUCCAGAAUGCUUUGAUUGAUGCGGAAGAUGAGCGUGCUGAGCAGGAGGCGCUGGAACAGGCCAAGAACGGUUCUGCCGUCUCCCAUCGUGAGCUUCGGCUUCCUGAUCUUGGGUUCAACGAGACUAGCGACACGAGUGUGGGACAAAAGCGCCGAACCCUCCAGCAAGGGCUUUCGCCCAGAAAGAAACGUGCCAAGUCGAGGACCAGUUCUUCGGCGGAUGCGCUGUCAGAUGACGAUGAUGAUUCCGCAAAUUACGUGGCCAUCGAGGAAACAGAGUCCGAAGACGAAGAAGAAUUUCUCCCCGAGGGCCAACCGGAGCGGGCGAUUCCAGUCCGGCACAAAACCAAGAGAUCCGAAGUACACGACGAUGGAAACGAAGCUAUGUAUCAAACCCGACUUCAAGACUGGGCCAGUCGCCGAUCCGCUGCUCGGAAACGUGCCACUGCCAGUAGUGGAUUGGUUUCCGAAGAAGAAGAGGAAGGCGAGCAGGACGAAUGGUAUAUGCCACAUCCCACCGUUCCGGAUACGAUCUUAGAUCAAGGCCUUCGCAUUCCUGGCGACAUCUUCCCUCUGCUUUUUGACUACCAAAAGACUGGGGUGAAAUGGAUAUGGGAGCUCCACCAGCAGCGUGUUGGAGGGAUCAUUGGAGAUGAAAUGGGAUUGGGCAAGACAAUCCAGGUCAUUGCUUUUCUAGCCAGCCUCCACCACAGCAAGCAAUUCACCAAACCGGCGCUUGUGGUCUGCCCGGCCACCCUGUUGCAACAGUGGGUUCAAGAGUUCCAUCGCUGGUGGCCUGCUUUUCGUGUCUCUAUCCUGCAUUCAACCGGCAGUGGCAUGCUUAACGUUGGGAGCGAGAGUAACCGAGAAGAUAUGCUUACAUCGCAAAUGUGGAGGAGCUCCAAUGGCCGCAGCGGAGUUCCCAAACGGCACAAAGCCGGCAGGAAAAUUGUUCAACGCGUCGUUCAAGAAGGCCAUGUGCUCUUGACGACCUAUGCCGGCUUGCAUACCUAUUCCGACUUAUUGACCCCCGUCGAAUGGGGCUACGUCAUCUUGGACGAAGGACACAAGAUUCGCAAUCCGGACACCACCAUCACCAUCUACGCCAAAGAGCUCCGGACUCCCCACCGUUUGAUCCUAUCGGGAACUCCGAUGCAGAACAACCUGACAGAACUCUGGUCCUUGUUUGAUUUUGUGUUCCCCAUGCGCUUGGGAACUCUGGUCAGUUUUCGCAACCAGUUCGACAUCCCCAUUCGCCAGGGCGGCUAUGCCAAUGCCUCCAAUCUCCAAGUUCAGACUGCGGCCCGAUGCGCCGAAACACUCAAGGACGCCAUCAGUCCUUUCUUGCUGCAACGACUCAAAAUGGACGUGGCCGCAGAUUUGCCAAACAAAUCCGAACAGGUUCUGUUCUGCAAACUGUCGCCGGCCCAACGAACGGCCUACGAACGGUUUCUUGCCUCGCCGGACAUGACUGCGAUCCUGAAUAAGCGAAAGGAAGUACUCUACGGAAUCGACCUUCUCCGGAAGAUCUGUAACCACACAGACCUGAUAGAGCACGAGAUGAAUUCCCAUAAGGCAGACUACGGCAACCCCAAGCGGUCAGGGAAAAUGGAAGUGGUCCAAUCAUUGCUGGAGCUGUGGAAAAAGACGGGCCACAAGACGCUGCUCUUUGCACAACACAAGAUCACUCUGAAUAUUCUCCAGAAACUCAUCAGCGCGAUGCCCGGGUUCAACUACCGCCGGAUGGACGGGGAGACAGCCGUGGAAAAACGACAGGCGAUUGUGGACGAGUUCAACAACGACCCGGAGAUCCAUAUUUUUCUUUUGACAACCAAGGUGGGUGGGCUGGGCAUCAACCUCACCGGCGCGGACCGGGUGAUCAUCUUCGAUCCGGACUGGAAUCCAUCCACGGAUCUGCAGGCACGCGAGCGCGCAUGGCGACUAGGCCAGAAGCGUGAGGUGAUGAUAUGCCGGCUGGUGUGUAAGGGCACCAUCGAGGAGAAGAUCUAUCACCGUCAGAUCUACAAGCAAUUCUUGUCCAACAAAAUCUUGAAAGACCCGAAACAGAGGCAGAAUUUCCAAUUGAGUGAUCUCCAGGAUCUCUUCACACUCCAGCCGGAUACCCAGUCGGAAACCGAGACCAGCAAGCUGUUCAAAGAUGCGCAGGUCACGUAUGAUACAGGUCGGCAGGAUAUCAAGUCGGAGGAGGGCGGUGAGACACGCAAAAUCCGGGCGAUAGCCGGCGUAUCGGGACUAGAAGAAUACCACGACGAGUCCGAGGGGAAAGACAAGGAGACGGACUCGGAAGCAACCAACUCGGAAGCGCGGAUCAUGCAGGGCAUCUUCUCCAAAUCCGGGGUCCACUCUGCGAUGGAGCACGAGCAGAUCGUCAACGGCAAGCGCGUCAUCCGAGCGGAUCCCAAGAUCAUCGAGGCCGAAGCCAAACGUGUUGCUGCCGAAGCGGCCGAGGAGCUCCGGCGUGCCGGCGAAGCAGCUCGGUCAGUCCCCAUCGGCACACCCACCUGGACGGGCCAGAGUGGAGUCGCAGGUCGACCGGCCUUCCAGCAGAGAGGAGGAGCGAGCAGCCGGGCGCGACGGGCGGGUGCAGGACCUUCAUCGGCGAGCGUGCUGGCCAAUCUCUCGAGCCGGGGACAAUCCUUGUCGUCGUCGUCGGCGUCGGCGUCGCUACCCACCAACGGGGCUGCUGGCACAGCACCGGUGAACUUUCUCACGCGGAUCCGCGACUUUAUGAUCUCUCACGGCGGGACGGUGUACACGCAGAUGCUGAUCGACCGGUUCAACCACGAGUGCGACACGCCUCGCCGGUCCGCCGAGUUCAAGGAGAUCCUGCGGACGAUCGCAGAGAUCACGCCGGGGGGGCGCAGUGGACGGAGCCAGUGGACGCUGAAGUCGGCGUACGCAAGGCCAUAG